AAUCCAGAGCCGCGUUGAAAUAAUCCGAGCACUCGUGGAUCAGAUCUGCAGCCAUAAAUCGCUCCCGGCCAACGAUGCUGAGCGUGAAGCCGAAGAGGCUGAGGUUGCAGUCGAAGCCUGUUUGUCGGCGACGGCACUCGUCGAUGCUCUAAUGGAGCUCCAAUCGAUAGAGAGCGGCGUCGAGUCGACAUUGUCCGGCUCAUCGAGCGGGUCGGCUGCCGCCGUCGGUAGUCAAACCCUUCCGCCGGUAGCCGCCGCGAGCGGCGGCGUCGUCGUCAGCGGAUCGCUAUCGUCUGAGCGAUCGGACGGCGGCCUCACGUCAACAUCAGCUCGAGAAAAUGUCAACAAUGGCUCGAAUACGGCGAACAAGUGCGCGAACUCAAGACUAUUCUUAGACACUGCCCCCGAGGUUUUCGAAGGAAGCAUCGCCCGAUACAAGCUAUGGAAGUCUCAAUUCCUAAACUACGUCCGAAGCCGAAGUGAGGCCACAGGUUGCGACAAGUUGGUCGCUAUGUGCAAGCUCUUAAGAGGCCCUCCGAAAGAUCUCAUCUGUGAGCUACCGCUGACCGACAGCAACUACGAGGUAGCUCUCCGACUACUCGAUGAGAAUUACGACGUUCCGGAUCGCCGGCAGCAGGAUGUACUCGCCAACGUAGUCAACGUACCAAGUGUUCGUCAUGCGUAUGAUACGGUUGGCUUGCGUGAGUUGUUAAAUGUCGUUCAGCGCACUAUCCUAGCGCUGGCGACUGUCAAUGUACCCUUGCAUACGAUCGCCCUCACCUACGAACAAACAGUUCGUAGCGCACUCCCAAUCUCAUUGAUCCUAACGUUCGACGAUCGUCAGCAGCUCGAUGCCGACUCAGGGGAGACCGAGCAGCAGGAUCAGGCUGCCGCAGCGGCUGUGCGUCUGGAGCGAUUGCUCUCAUUCCUCCGCCGUUACACUGCGCUCCGGGAGAGAGCUUCAACCAAGCAACGGAAUAAUGUCGGAGACGUCAACGGAUUGGGUCUUCACGAUCAGAAGCGACCUAAGACGCGCGAAGCCCCCAGAUUUCCGCCCCGUCAACAAUUUCCGUCUACAGCCGUUGCGACCGCAAGCAAGGGAUCUCGGAGGCAGCCAAAGGUUCGGAAGAACCCCUGCUUAUUCUGCGGUAGCUCCGAGCAUCGUCCCUCAGUUUGCUCAGCGGACCUUCCGGGUCAUCGCCGCGUCGAGAUACUUAAUCAGAAGAAGCGUUGCCCGAAAUGCUUCCAAUUUCAACACGUAUCACCGCGCCAGUGCGACGGCCCGAAGGAGGCCUGCCAUAAGUGGGGGAGUAAAGAUCAUUAUACCGUCAUGCACAGCCUGGGACCGAUUUCAUCCGAAGAAACCGCGCGCACUGCCGCGAGCAUCCUGCAAAGUGUCGCAGCCAUUUCGACCAUUCGCUCAAUCGUCAUGACGGCCUCUGCAUUCGUCGUCCACGGCGCGCACCGAAUCCGAGUCCGAUGCUUCAUUGACAGCGGGUCGAUGGUUUCCUUUGUAUCACCGAGGCUCAUCGGACAGCUAUCGGACAUGCGGCCCCAGGCGCGGGUUGAUUUACAGCUUCAAGCCUUCGCCAGUGAACACGCACUCGUCGCAAACCGUUACGCAGUCCAGUUGGUCGGAACUCACGACGAUUCACAGAAGGUUGUCAUCCAGGCUCAUGAAUACGCUUUCGGCGUCGACCCGCCCGCAAACUGUUCGCAGGAGAUGCGCGAGCUCAUCCGUCAAUUCGGUAAAACUCACCAGCUUGCCGACGCUUCUUUGAUCGACCCUGAGUUCGACAUGGAGCCUGACCUGCUGAUCGGCGUCGAUCAGAUGUAUAAGAUUCUACAUCUGAACUCGGAGAAAAUUCUCGCCGAUGGUCUCAUUGCAAAGGCAUCACGCUUCGGGUGGAUCCUGUCCGGUGCAUACGGACCCAAGACCACACGUGGGGAAGUUGUCCGCGUUCAUCCCAUCUGCUGUCCAGCGACCCUUACGCAGACCGCCAAGGAUAUACAAUGUCUGUGGUCAUUAGAUGCCGUCGGCAUAGUCGAUUCGAAUGAGAGGAAAUACAGCGCGGCUGAAGUCGACGCCAUGCAACAAUUUAAAGACAGCGUCGAGUAUGAUGGUCAGCGCUACACCGUCGCCAUGCCGAAGCGACCGUCAAUCCUCCAGCUCUCGAACAACUUGGAGAUAGCUCGGAAUCGUUUGAUUGCUAAGCGGCGCAGCCUGUCUCGAAACCAGGAGUCCUUCCGACGUUAUGAUGCGGAGAUAUCGAAAUUCCUCAUGGAGGGCCACGCCGAAGAAGUCCACGUCGACAAUCUCAGUGCUCCAAGCGCACGUGACCGUUCCUACUAUCUACCGCAUCGUCAAGUCAUAACACAACGCGCCCACGGAGACAAAUGGCGAAUCGUCUUCGAUGGUUCAGCGGCUGCGCCCGGAGAGACAUCGCUUAACUCCCAUCUACUAACCGGUCCGAACCUAAACCCGGAUAUACUCAAGCUAAUGCUCAACUUCCGUCUGCGUCCAGUCGCAUUGUCAGCUGAUGUCGCCCAAGCGUAUAUGACCACCAACCUCGUCGAGGAGGGCAGACCGUAUUUCCGAUAUCUUUGGCAGGGACCUCAGGAUAAAGAGGUCCGAUGUUUCCAAAUGCGCAAAGUCGUAUGGGGAGCGACGCCCAGCGGUUUUCUGCUGGCUGCUGUUCUCAGAGAGCACUUCGGGCGGAUUGAUCCUGAGUCGAAAUUCGACCUCGGCAACUCAUUCUAUUUCGACGACAUGUUGCGUAGUUUCGACUCCAUUGAGGAUGCCAGGCAUUUCGUUGAAAAGCUCAUACCUUGGAUGAGGGCUGCUGGGAUGACUCUCGGGAAAUGGAAGUCGAAUUCCGAGGAGAUCCUCCAGCAUGUGAACUCCAUCACCUCAUCUGGAUGUACCCCCGGACUUGUCGAGACCGGUCUUCUGAAGGUGCUUGGAAUUGCUUGGUCCCCAGGCGAGGACAGUUUCCACUUCCAGCUCGCAGAUCUUGUCAAGACUACUGCGGACAUCAAACGAGUAACGAAGCGCAACGUACUGCGCAUUGUCGCUUCCAUCUUCGAUCCAAUCGGUUGGCUCACCCCAUUUACACUUCGAGGAAAACUGCUAAUACAACGAUUGUGGGACACGAAACACCGUUGGGACGACGCCAUGUCGGGCGCUCUUCUGCAGGAUUUCACGACGUGGUCGUCUGAAAUUCCAAUGCUCACCACUCUCAGUCUUCCCCGUUCGUGUUGGGAUACGCAACGAAAGAUCACAUCCUAUCAUCUCCACGUCUUCGGAGACGCCACCCCGGGCAGUCGUGACAAACCGGAUUCAAUUAGUACUGAAAUCCGCCUAGUAGUCACACCCGUGGUCGUAAAUUCGUCGUUGAUAGAUCUCGAACGCUUCGGACAUUGGGAGAAAGCAGUCCGUGUCGUCGCGAAUAUGCUCCGUUUCAUUCAACUCUGCCGAUCUCGUCCCAUGAGCUCAGCUGGCGAGUUACGCUCGCGAGCGGAGUCGCUCAUCAUCAAGUGGAGCCAGGCUUCGCAUUUUUCGCAAGAGAUCAAUGCCACCCUCGCGGGGGAACGUCCCACUCGAUCGUCUAAGUUGCACACCUAUCGCCUACAUCUCGACAGCGAGGGGCUACUACGCGCCAGUUCGCGAAUCUCGCAAGGCCCGCAAUUCACUGAGGACGAGAGGAAUCCAAUAAUCAUCCCCAGUAAUAGCCGACUCGCUAUUUUGCUAAUUCUACAUCAUCAUCGCACGAAUGCUCACCUGGGCGUCAGCACCGUUCUGAACUCACUCAGAAAACGCUUUUGGAUUCUCCGAGGUCGGCAGCUCAUCAAAAAGAUCCUUCGAGCAUGCGUCAUUUGCAGACGUUUGCAUGGACCCGCAGCCGACCAAGUCCAGGCGCCGCUCCCGAUCGAGAGAACUACGCUGACCGCUCCUUUUGCUGCCACCGCCAUUGACUUCUGCGGUCCCUUCCAGUUCCGCUCGCGGGAGGGUAUCCAAAAGAGUUACAUUGCUUUAUUAACUUGCAUGAGCAUCCGUGCAAUUCAUUUAGAGCUCGUCCCCGAUUUGUCAGCCGUGCAAACGCACCUAGCUCUGCGCCGUUUCCUCGCCGAGCACCCGAGUUGUCGUCUCCUGGUCUCGGAUAACGGCCGCUCUUUCGUUCGCGCCGCCGCGGACAUUCGACGCUUGUUUAAUUCGUCUCGCGACCCCGCCGUGCGGGAAUUACUCGCUCAACACCGGAUCACCUGGACUUUCAAUUGCCCUCGCGCACCUUGGAGAGGUGGAGUGUUCGAACGGCUUGUUGGCGUUACAAAGGCUGCCCUUAUGAAGACGCUCGGCCGAAGUCUGAUUAGCUUCGAAGAACUUCGAACAAUUAUUCGGGAGAUGGCAGCCAUCAUCAAUAAUCGUCCCAUCUCCUACUGUUAUGAGGAUGUGGACGAACCUCGGGCCAUCACCCCGUCUCACUUCUUGCGUGGAGGUCCUUCGAGCCCUCCGCUCUGCUCCGUCGCCACGCUGGACGGACUCGGGCCGAACGGUCAAGUACAGCUCACGCCGCCGGACGGCGAGCAGCUACGCAAAAAUCUACGACUCAGGACUAAUUAUUUCAAGUCGCUGUCUACGCGCUGGCAACGCGAUUACCUCUUACUGCUUCGGUCCGUCAAUCUCGACGACAGAGGCAAACCUCGACCGAUUCCAGAUGGCUCCAUUUGUUUACUCUGUGAAGGGGCUACAUCGCGUUUCAAAGGAAACCUCGUCCGUAUUACGGGAUCGCGCCCAGGGAGGGAUGGUGCUGUCAGAACGUACGCUGUUCGUUUCGCCAAUGGAUUCGAAACUACACGCGCAGCCCAACUCCUCGUACCUCUUGAGAUUCCGGAGCAAAAUGACAACUCAACCGCGGAGGUCAUUUCGGAGGCGUGCUGA